GAAAAAAUGUUUAAAAGCGUGCAAAAAAUGUUUUUACGAAAUUUGAAAAUUCAUCAAACCGCGAUCAAAACAAUUGAAUUGAUUCAAAAGUGUUCAUUUGAAUCAUCUGCUUCAACCAUAUUUGCAUUGUCUACAAAUAUUAAAAGUUCUGGUAGUGCUAUAGCUGUCAUAAGAGUAUCCGGUGAUAAAACUUUAAACGUAAUCAAUUCAAUUACGAAAGGUAAAGCUGAUUAUAUUCGUUCGAAACCUCGUCAUGCUUGUCUUAAUGAUUAUGUGGAUCCAAAAACCAAUGAACUCAUUGAUAAAGGAAUGACAUUAUGGUUUCCAAGACCAAAAAGUUAUACUGGUGAAGAUCUUUGUGAAUUUCAUGUUCAUGGAUCAUUGGCAGUAAUAAAUAAAAUGCUUUCAGUUUUGAAUGAUAUUCAUGGUUGUCGUUUAGCUAAAGAAGGUGAAUUUACUCGUCGCGCUUUAAUGAAUGGAAAACUUCAUCUAAUACAAGCAGAAGGAAUUCGUGAUCUGAUUAAUGCUCGAACGGAAAAUCAACGACGACGUGCACUUGGUGGCUUAUCUGGAAUGUUGGAUCAUAAAUUCAACCGUUGGCGAGAGCAAAUAAUCAAAUCGAUGGCUCAUUUGGAAGCUUUUAUUGAUUUCGGUGAAGAUGAGUUGAUCGAUGAUUCUGUUGUUAAAGAGUUAAGUGAGAAUAUUCGUAAUUUAAAAAAAGAAAUCGAUCAACAUAUUGCAAAUACAAAAUUAAAAAGUGAUUUAAUCAAAGAUGGAUUUCGUGUAGCCAUUAUUGGUCAGGCAAAUGUUGGCAAAAGUAGUCUCAUCAAUAAACUAAGCGAAAAAGAUGUAUCAAUAAUUUCACCGAUAAGUGGAACCACAAGAGAUGUAGUGGAAACUUGGAUGGAUAUUGAUGGAAAUUGUGUUUGUAUAGCUGAUACGGCCGGUAUAAAAGAUUCGAACCAUCCUCAUAUCGAUCCAAUUGAACAGCAAGGAAUUCAAAAAGCCAUUCAAAGAGCAAAAGAAUGCCAUCUAAUAAUUUUAGUCAUAGAUGCCAGUGAUGUUUAUCAUCAUAAAAAAUUAAUAAUUAGUAAUCAUUUGAAGAAAAUUAUUGACGAAAAACAUAAAUCCGAAUUAUUAUAUCUUAUCAACAAAAUUGACUUGUUGACCGGUAAAAAUGAACGACAAGAACUUGAAUCAAUUUUAAUUGCAAAUAAAAUUCAGAAACCAAUCUAUGUUAGCUGUAUGAACAAUGAAGGAUUCGAUAAUUUUGUUCAGAAUUUUAAACAACAAAUUGAACAAAGUGUUGGCAACAAUGAAGAAGAUAGAAUUUCAUUCAGUAAUGAACGACAUGUUAUGCAUCUUGCUGAAACGUCAAAAGAAUUUACAAUUACAAUGGAAAAUUUUGAUAAAGAUUUAGCCAUUUCAUCAUUUCAUAUGCGUCAAGCAUCUUAUCAUCUUGGAUGUUUGACCGGUAAUAUUACUACCGAACAUGUUCUCGAUGUAUUAUUUAAAGAUUUUUGUAUUGGAAAAUAAUUUCUCUUAAAAAAAUAAUGAUGAUAAUAAAUACAAUAAUGAUUAUUUACAUAAGACAUUGGUUUAAAAGCAGAAAAAGAUUUGAGUUCACAUAUAAAUUGAACCAUCAUUUGG